CGUCUAUUUACAACGCAUCGUUUUUGUUUAUUGUUCAUUUCAGCCAGCUCAGAUCACAUCGGUCAUGAGCUUAUAUAUGAGGCUGCAGCUGGUUUAACUGGAAACAUUUGUGGUCCGUCGACUGUUCGAGAUCAUUGCACACGGCUGUCACCAGUCAUUAGUGGGGAUAAAGUCAGAGAUUCCAGUGAGAAGUCAACAUGUUGCUGCCGCCGCACCAGGAAGUCUGCAAUCCCGGCUUCUGCGACUGCCCCUUUCCUAACUCCAUCGAGGUCACCAGCCACAAGGGUCACAUACCCGACCUGGUCAGGUGCCGUUGCGGCGAGGACGAGCCCGGCAAUGUGAAUCCCUGGCGGUGGCAUGCCGCUGACGAAUCGGAUGCCAUAGUGACCGACCGGGACAUCAUCUUCCAUCCCACCUACAGCCAGGGCACGGCGAUUGUGAGGGGUAAUAGGGCUUUAAAGCCUGGCAUGGUCCACUUUUGGGAGAUGCGCGUCAUCACCACCCUGGCCGGCACCGAUGUGAUGUUCGGCAUCGGCACGGAGAGCGUUAAUCUAGGGCAGUUCAAGUUCCACUUUGUCUCCGCCCUGGGCACCAAUGCCCAGUCCUGGGGCUUCUCCUACUCCGGACGCAUUCAGCACUGCGGCGAGCAGCUGCCCUACGGCCAGAAGUUCUCGCAGGGCUGCCUGAUUGGAGUGUGUCUGGAUCGGACGCGGGGACACUUGGAGUUCUAUCUGAACCGCCGGUCGCUGGGAGUGGCCUACACAAAUGUGCCCACAGAUCCGGAUGUCAGUAUAUAUCCCAUGGUCUGCUCCACGGCGGCCAAAUCUGUGAUAAGGCUGAUUAACUGCACAUCGCAACCGGCGACGCUGCAGCUGAGAUCCUUUCAAGCUUUGUCCCGGCAGCCGCUUAAGCUGGCCGAACUGCGUCAGAUGCCGGGUCUAAAGGGCAUCCUACAAUCGUACUGGUUCCUGGCACCGCCCAUUCGUUACUCCCGAAACUCGCGGGAAAACGAAUUGGAUUUGGGCGACGAGGCGGUGCUCUCCAGUUCCAAGCUGAGGCUGGGACGCAAGCAAAAGUACCGAGAAACUGAAGAUGCGACCGUUGACGAGGACGACUUGUACGCCAAUGCCCACAAGAUCACGCUGAGGAGCACUGAUAGCGGCGACGAGGAGCACACCGCUUCCGUCCACGAGAUGUGCGAUGAGUAUUUCCACUACCUGCUGUAGCUAGCACCUAUAAAAACAUAUCAAAAUAUUUAUGCAUUUACUUCACGGAACGUAAAUAUAAAUGUAUUAAGUAGAAAUGUUAAAAAACACGUUUAAUUUACGUUGUGUUUAGACUUUCCAAUAGUUUACUAGGGAAUUAAAAGAAGAUAAAUCAUUAUCGAAAAAA